UGUUUCUUCGCGCUUCCACUUGUACGUUUUGGGUGUAGUUCAGUGCAACGAAAAAUUUGCCAAGCUUAAAGUUUAAUUUAGUGUUUCAGCAGAUAGGAUUCCGUGUUGUCAACUUUUUCAGCAACACAUCAAACAUGGCUGAAAGUAAGGGAGCGUUGAUCGCGAAAACAGUACAGAAACAUGCGGGCAGAGCAAAAGAGAAGUUCCUUCAAAAUCUGGGAAAGGUAGAUAGAACUGCGGAUGACAUAUUCGACGAACAUCUGCAGAACUUCAUGAGACAACAAAAUGCCGCCAACAGACUCCAGAAAGAGUUCAAUAAUUACAUCAGGUGUGUUAGAGCGGUGCAAGCAGCGUCAAAGACCCUGAUGGAUUCCUUGAAUGAGAUAUAUGAGAGCCAGUGGACUGGCCAUGAUCUAUUGUAUGUGCAGGCUCAGAAUCUAGAUAUGCUGUGGCAAGACUUCACUCAUAAGCUUGCAGAUCAAGUUCUCGUGCCUCUCAACACAUAUCAGAGUCAAUUUCCAGAGAUGAGGAAGAAGAUUGACAAGCGUGGACGGAAGCUCGUAGAUUACGAUAGCCAGAGACACAACUUCCAAUCGUUGCAAUGUAAUCCAAGGAAGCGGGACGAACUUAAAGUUUCUCGAGGAAAAGAAUUACUGGAGGAAGCUAAGCGUACCUACGAACAACUCAAUUCGGAACUUCAUGACGAACUGCCUGCGUUAUACGAUUCCCGUGUUCUUUUCCUCGUUACCAAUUUGCAGACCCUAUUCGCUGCUGAGCAAGUGUUUCACACAGAGAGUGCCAAGGUGUAUUCUGAACUGGAGGCAAUCGUUGACAAAUUGGCCAACGAAAGUCAGAGAGGAUCAUAUACGCUGAAGAAAAGUACAGAACCACAGUCUCCGAAAUCACCGAAUGCUAACUCUUCUUUAAUAAUCAACACGCAGCCUGCUCAGAACAAUAUUUCGCCAGCUGUGGAGGAAUCGGCUCCGGCAGAAAGAAACAACUCACCGACUACUCAAUUAAACGGCAAUGCUAACAGCAAUGCUAACAGCAAUGAUAAUUCCGUGAAUAAUCAAGAUGCGUCACCGCAAAGCACAGCCGUCGUCUCCAAACGAGUCGAAGAGCUGUACGAUAUACCAGUUGAGGUGGAAUAUGAAAAUGGUACCAAUUUCUCUAUAGGGGCAACGACUGACAACUUGCCGCCAGGCGUUUUGUAUAGAGUCAAGGCUACUUACAAAUACAGACGCGAAGAUGUGGACGAAUUGUCGUUCGAUGUCGGUGAUAUCAUCCGCGUGGUAGAGUACGAUGAUCCGGAAGAACAGGAACAAGGUUGGUUAAUGGGAAUCAUGGAAGGUACAAACGAGAAGGGUAUGUUCCCAGCAAAUUUUACAAAACCACUGUGAGGUUUUCACCAAAUCCAGGUGUUAUACUACAAUGCUCACUGAAACGGCAUAUUCUACCUUAAGAAUAGUUUCAAUAGUAAAAGUGAGAGUUACACAGUCAUCUAAGGUAUUAUACAUAGAAAAAGAAAUAAAUAACACAAUGAGGGGCUCUGGGAAGGGAAGGGGGUGUGAUAAGAUAGUUAUGCUGGAGGGUACUGUGGAGAAUUAAUCACACCAAAGUGCCUUAACCCAGCCACUGUCUGUGCCAACAUUCAUUGUUUGUAAUAUGGAAUUUAUUCUCUCAUAUCUGAUGUACGAGUACACAUCAUUAAUAAUCUAAUGGAAUAUUUAAGUAAUUAAAUAAUAUAUUGUAAUACGUCAUG